GGAAAUUGUGUUAUUUUAUUAUUAAAUUAUAAUAUAAAUUAUCAUAUAAUUAAUUAAAAUAUAAUAUUUCGCAAUGGUGAUAGCUAUAGGAUUUGAAGGCAGUGCAAACAAGUUAGGCGUUGGAAUAGUUCGAGAUGGUGAAAUACUUUCAAACUGCAGAAGAACGUAUAUCACACCACCCGGAGAAGGUUUUCUUCCGAGAGAAACCGCAGAACACCACCAACAGAACAUUCAUGAGGUCCUGCAAGAAGCUUUAGACAAGUCGGGUAUCAAACCAGAGGAUAUAGAUGUGGUGUGUUACACGAAGGGCCCAGGGAUGGGAGCACCGUUAAUGGUUUGUGCUAUUGUCGCGAGAACCUGCGCUUUACUCUGGAACAAGCCAAUUCUGGGAGUCAACCAUUGCAUUGGCCAUAUUGAAAUGGGGAGACUUAUAACAAAAGCUAACAAUCCCACAGUGUUAUAUGUGAGUGGGGGAAACACACAAAUAAUUGCAUACUCCCGGCAACGGUACAGAAUAUUUGGUGAAACAAUAGAUAUUGCCGUUGGGAAUUGUUUGGAUAGGUUUGCAAGAGUUCUGAAACUAUCAAAUGCUCCUAGCCCAGGAUAUAAUAUUGAACAGAUGGCUAAGAAGGGAAAGAAAUAUGUGCAUCUGCCUUAUUGUGUGAAAGGCAUGGAUGUAAGUUUCUCUGGCAUUCUUUCGUAUAUGGAGGAUAAAAUUGAUGAGCUACUAAAGGAUUAUACUCCUGAGGAUCUCUGUUAUUCUUUACAAGAAACAAUAUUUGCCAUGCUAGUGGAGAUAACUGAAAGAGCCAUGGCUCAUUGUGGAUCCAAUGAGGUAUUGUUAGUCGGUGGUGUCGGUUGCAAUGAGCGAUUGCAAGAAAUGAUGGGCGUUAUGUGUUCGGAGCGGGGUGCGAAAAUAUUUGCCACAGACGAGAGAUUCUGCAUUGACAAUGGAGUGAUGAUAGCCCAUGCUGGGGCGGUUGCCUUCGAGGCUGGUGUGCGAAUGGACUUUAAAGAUGCUACCAUCACACAGAGAUAUAGAACUGAUGAUGUCCUUGUAACAUGGAGAGAUGAUUGAAAUAAAGCUUUUAUAUUAAUGAC